UUUCCAUUCAUUUGCAUUUGCAGAGUACAAAACCAUAACGUUCAAACUUUGGAAUCUCUCUUUCUCACUCGCUCUGUUCAAUUUCUUCUUCUCUGAAAUCAUGUUCUGAAGAAAAAGCUUCUUUCGUUUCUGUAACAGUAGCAGAGUAGCAGAGUAGCAGAGAGCUUAGACCCAUCUCUCUCUCUCUCUCUCUCUUGAGGUCAUUCUCAUUCGAUAUGUUGCCGAGGUCGAACGGUGCCGUUUGGAUAGAUGGGGACGAAGAAGACGCGGCUUCUUGGACCAAAAACAACGAAGGAGUAGAGCCGAACAAGGAAGAAGAAAUGGGUAUGGGUGGUUCUUUCUCUUCUUUCAAAACCAUGCUCGAAAGUGACUGGUACAUGAACAAUGCUCUAAACCCACCUGCUCAAGACCACCAUAACUUCCAUGGUCUCCCUCCUCCUAACCACCAUGAUAUCAGAGACAUUAGCUUCUGUAACAACCCAGCUACUGAUCAUAACCUUCUCUUACAGCCAAUAGACUCCUCUGCUUCUUGCUCUCCUUCUCACGCGUUUGCUCUCGACCCAGCUCACUCUCACCACUUCUUACCCCCUAAAUCCUGCUUCUCUUCUCUUCUUAACGUUGUUAACACCAACCCUUUUGACAAUGGGUUUGAUUUGAGCUGCGAAGGUGGGUUUCUCAACUCCUUUCAGCCAAACCAAGCGUCGAAUUCCCCUGUUUUAAUGGGUUUCAGCGGACUUAAUUCGCAGCAGCCUCAGAUGGGUACUCCCGAAUUGAGUUCUAGCUCUGAGUUUCCGGGGACUCGGUUGCUGCCCUUGUCGGACGACGCCACCGCGCUCGGAGGGGGAUUUAGCCCCACGGGGUUUGAGGGUUUCGAUGGCUCGGGGGGUGCUCUGUUUCUGAACAACAGAGCUAAGGUUUUGAGACCCCUUGAGGUUUUUCCUCCGGUGGGUGCUCAGCCAACUCUGUUCCAGAAGCGAGCGGCGCUCAGGCAAAAUUCCGGCGGAGCUGAUAAGCUGGGGAAUUUGGACAUUUCAACUUCGAGAUUCGGAAAAAGUUUGGAGAGUUUAGACAAAAAGAGGAAGAAGAGUGAUGAUGGUGAAAUUGAAGAAAGUAUUGACGUUUCUGGUCUUAAUUAUGAUUCUGAUGAUGCGAAUGAGUAUAGUAAGCUGGAGGAGAAUACUAAGAAUGGUGGAAGCAAUUCUAAUGCGAAUAGUACUGUUACCGGAGGAGAUCAAAAGGGGAAGAAAAAAGGGUUGCCGGCGAAGAAUUUGAUGGCGGAGAGGCGGCGGAGGAAGAAGCUCAAUGAUAGGCUCUACAUGCUUAGGUCUGUUGUGCCCAAAAUAAGUAAGAUGGAUAGGGCUUCGAUACUUGGCGAUGCCAUUGACUACUUGAAGGAGCUACUUCAGAGGAUUAAUGAUCUUCAUAAUGAGCUGGAGUCAACCCCUCCUGGUUCUUUGUUGCCACCUUCUUCAAGCUUUCACCCUUUGACACCCACACCACCCACCCUUCCGUGCCGUGUCAAGGAAGAACUGUUCCCAGGCUCCUUGCCGAGCCCUAAAAACCAACCUGCAAGGGUAGAGGUUCGGCUCAGGGAAGGAAGGGCUGUUAACAUUCACAUGUUCUGCGCUCGGAGACCAGGUCUCUUGCUCUCCACUAUGAGGGCUUUGGACAACCUUGGGUUGGACAUCCAGCAGGCUGUAAUCAGCUGCUUCAACGGGUUUGCUUUAGAUGUGUUUCGAGCUGAGCAAUGUAGAGAAGGGCAGGAGGUGCUACCCGAGCAAAUCAAGGCGGUGCUUUUGGAUUCAGCUGGCUUCCAUGGCACAAUCUGACUGUAAGUUUUUAUGAGAAAAAAAGCUCCCUUACAAAUGGACAUGGAGACACCAAAUAUUCCUGAGAUAGUAGCUAGCUCCAAAGCCUCAAGUGGAGUUCUGUAAAUGCAAUUGUUUUUCAUUCCCAUUUAGUAAUGGUGCAUCCACAACAAAAAUCCAAGCAAGCAAGGAAGGAAUGUAGAUCAAAAUCAGUCAAAGCCCACCAAAGUCUGUGUAGGUUAAUUAAACCUAAUAUCUCUGUCUUUACUAAUAUUUCAUUUCAUGUUGAAUCUUUGCAAAAACUUCCCUUGUUGUCUCAGCAACUUCUGUUGUUAGCUUUUAGAAUAAAACAAUGCUCUCUUAUUUGUUUUUGAA